UCGGAAUGCCUCUGGUGCGCUUAGAAGUCUUCAAUUUCAAGUCUUACAGGGGCUUGCAUGUUAUCGGCCCAUUCAAAAACUUUACCUGCAUCAUCGGUCCAAAUGGAUCUGGGAAAAGUAAUGUAAUGGACGCCAUCUCCUUCGUACUGGGAGUGAGGAGCAUGUAUUUGCGAAGUAACGACAAGACAGACUUCAUUUAUCGCGGUCGGAGAUUAGCAAAGGCUCCAGAUGAACCAUCUCUACCAGUUGAUGACAAUGAAGAGCUGGACAACACAGACGGGACCAGCGCUUGGGUAAUGGCCGUGUAUGUGGAUCAGAAGGGAAAUGAGAUUCGCUUCAAGCGAACUGUUUCAUUGGAAGGCAGCUCGGAAUAUCGCCUCAAUAACAGAGUGGUCACCUAUAAACACUAUAACGAGGCACUCCAACGCGAGAAUAUCCUUGUCCAAGCGAAGAAUUUCUUGGUAUUCCAAGGAGAUGUAGAAGCCAUCGCCUCACAAUCCCCGAAGGACUUGACAAAAUUGAUUGAACGUAUCUCUGGCUCUGCGGAAUUGGCACGCGAAUAUGAAGAAGCUAAAAAAGCCCAAGAGAAAGCGACUGAGAGUUCGACUUUUAACUUUACCAAACGACGUGGAAUUAUGGCAGAAAUCAAACAAUUCAAGGAGCAAAAGUCAGAGGCGGAUAAAUUCGAAAAGCUUCUUGACGAACGCACAAUCGACAACAAUAUCGAAUCCAUAGAAAAGAAGAACGGAGAACUUGCAGGUCUCAAAGCUGAGCUAACACAGCAAGAAGACAACCUUGCAAAGGCCCAGCAGGAGCAGGCUAGAGCGCGAGGAGAGGUGAUGAAGCAGGAAAAAUCGAUCAAGAAGCAGGAAAGGAUCCUAGAGUCGAAGCGCAAAAUUCAGAAUGCACAAAAAAUCUCCGAGGAAGUCAAGAGAGAUGCGGCGAAAGAGCAGCAACAUUAUGACCAGCUAAAAAGGAAUCUGGCGGACGUGAAGAAGGCUGCUGACGCUGCUGCGAAGGUCCAGGAGAAAUCCGCUCAAUCAGAUUUCAAGUUGACUGAAAGACACUUGGAAGAGUAUCAGGCUUUGAAAGCGACCGCAAAUUCUCAUGCCGUUAACGAACGUCAUCAACGGGAAAAACUUAAACGGGAUGAGAAGAUAGGGAAGAGGUCGUUGGAGAACCUUGAGACAAAGCAGGAGGAGUUUGACAAGAAGCAAACCACCUUGAUGCAGGAUUAUGAUCUAUGGAAAGAGAAGCUUGCUACGUGCGAAGAGAAGCUCGGCAAACUAAAGACUGACAUAAAAGGGGUCAAACAGGAGCUAGACAAGAAUCAGGCUGAAAGGACAAAGAUCUCGAAGCUGGAAGGCGAAGUGAAUGAAAAGCUCCAGAACAUACACAAUCAACUGUUGCAAGCUAGUGCCGAUCAACGAGAAUCGGAGAGGGAUCGGGUUCGAGGCCGACUUGUCGAUCUUUGCAAACCUAGUGCUCGCAAAUAUGAUCUCGCAGUUUCAGUAGCGCUUGGUCGCAACAUCGAUGCCAUUGUAGUAGACUCCGAGAAGACUUGCAUUGAAUGCAUCGAGUACAUGCGAAGUCAACGCUCCGGACAAGCCACAUUUAUUCCUUUGGAUACUAUCAAAGUCAAGCCCAUAAAUGACAGAUUGCGCAGCCUAUCUAAGGGCGCUCGUCUUGCUGUAGAGGUUGUGCUGUGUGAUCCUUCAGUGGAAAGAGCUGUUCACCACGCUUGUGGAAAUGCCCUGAUAUGUGACACGAUGGAGAUUGCACGUCACAUAUCGUACGACCGGGGACAAGAUGUCAAAGCUGUAACAUUAGAUGGGACUGUCAUUCACAAAAGUGGUCUAAUCACAGGUGGACGAAGUUCGCAAAAUUCUGGGAAAACUUGGGAAGAGAAAGAAAUACAAAGUAUGCAGCGUACUCGUGAUGAACUUCUCGCUCAAAUGAGAGACCUGAAUAAAUCAAAACCGAGAACUCGAGUAGAUGAAACCCUCUCUGCAGAGCUGAAUCGCUUAGAGUCUGAAGUAACGAUUGCGAGGGAAGAGAGGAAUGCGGCUCGCACAAAGGUCGACGAUAUUAAGAAGGAAUUGAAACAUAUUCAUGAGGCGCUGGAAAAACUUGUGCCAGAGAUUAAGAAGGGCCGUGCUACUCAAGCCAAGCUUGAAUCCGAUCUCGAAAAGCUUCAAGCGGUGAUUGACGAGGCAGAAGACGGUAUAUUCCGAGAUUUUUGUCAGAAGAUUCGGGUCUCGAAUAUCAGAGACUAUGAAGAUCAUCAGUUGAAGGCUGCUCAAGGGGAGGCUGAAGCAAGGCUUCGAUUUGAUUCCCAAAUUGCCCGUCUUACACACCA